AUGGACCGUUACCUUCGACCCGACCAAUCUGAUGUCGAUCUGAACGCCCCCAAUGCCUCCAAACAAUGGAUCUACUGGAUACGCACUUUCAACGCCUUUCUAAAGCGUCUUCAAUCCGACGACAUGGGCAAUCUAGACCUACUCAUCAAUUUUUUGGCACCGUCUGUCUAUGAACACAUCUCUGAUUGUAAGACAUUUGAAAACGCUAUCUUCCUGCUCGAAUCGCCCCAAAAACGUUAUUUGCGCGGUACCUACUUUCUACUUGUAAACAAGACGCUGGGCAGAACAUAG